CUUUGCUUAUUCACACAGGUGAACAACAGCUAAACAGACUCAGAGAUCGUCCAGAUAUCAGAGAUAAGACAUGGGCAAAGGCGGCGGAACAUUUGAGAGACUGUUGGAUAAGGCUACCAGCCAGCUGCUGCUGGAGACCGACUGGGAGUCCAUUCUGCAGAUAUGUGACCUCAUUCGGCAAGGCGAUACGCAGGCAAAAUAUGCAAUUGGUUCCAUCAAGAAAAAACUCAAUGACAAAAAUCCACAUGUAGCGCUCUAUGCUCUUGAGGUCCUGGAGUCAGUGGUGAAGAACUGUGGCCAGACCAUUCAUGAUGAAGUGGCCUGUAAGCAGACAAUGGAAGAGCUGAAGGAGCUGUUCAAGAAACAACCCGAACCGAACGUGAAGAACAAGAUCCUUUACCUGAUCCAGGCCUGGUCCCACGCCUUCCGCAACGAGCCCAAGUACAAAGUCGUCCAGGAUACCUAUCAGAUCAUGAAGGUGGAAGGUCAUGUCUUCCCAGAGUUCAAGGAGAGUGAUGCCAUGUUUGCAGCAGAGAGGGCCCCUGAUUGGGUGGAUGCAGAGGAGUGUCACAGAUGUAGGGUUCAGUUUGGUGUUAUGACCCGAAAGCACCACUGCAGGGCAUGUGGGCAGAUCUUCUGUGGGAAGUGCUCUUCGAAGUACUCUACCAUUCCCAAGUUUGGCAUUGAGAAGGAGGUGCGAGUGUGUGAGCCCUGCUUUGAGAUUCUCAACAACCACAGUCCUGAAGAAAAUGAGGGGCCCAAAAAAAAGAGUGAGCAACCAAGUGUAAACAGUGAGGAACAAAAGAAACAAACAUCAAGCCACCCGUCCCUCUCUCCCCCUCCUAGAAAAGCUGAAGGGAAGGCCGCCAGCGCUGGGCCGUCCGAGCUUCCCCCUGAGUACCUGACCAGCCCUCUGUCCCAGCAGUCUCAGGUAGUGCCCACCGAAGCAAUGCCUCCGAAAAGAGACGAGGCCGCGCUGCAGGAGGAAGAGGAGCUGCAGCUGGCCAUCGCACUGUCUCAGAGUGAAGCGGAGGAGAAGGAGAGGAUGAGACAGAAGAACCCUUACUCUGCCUACCCCAAAGCAGAUCCCACCCCUGUGACUUCCUCUGCCCCUCCUGUCAGCACCCUCUACUCCUCACCUGUGAACUCAUCGGCUCCGUCAGCCGAAGACGUGGAUCCAGAGCUGGCCCGUUACCUGAACAGAACUUACUGGGAGAAGAAACAGGAAGAGGUUCGCAAGAGUCCCACCCCCUCUGCUCCUGCUCCUGUUUCAUUGGCUGAGCCCGUGCCAAUCAGCCAACCAGUGGAAGUCCACGCUCCAGUCCAACCCAUCAACAUCGUGGAGCAGCAGUAUCAGAAUGGAGAAUCUGAGGAGAACCACGAGCAGUUCCUGAAGGCCUUGCAGAAUGCCGUCACCACUUUCCUUAACCGCAUGAAGAGCAACCACAUGCGUGGCCGCAGCAUCACCAAUGACAGCUCCGUGCUCUCUCUCUUCCAGUCCAUCAACAACAUGCACCCACAGCUGCUGGAAAUACUCAACCAGCUGGAUGAAAAAAGAAUGUACUAUGAGGGUCUUCAGGACAAGCUGGCGCAGGUGCGUGACGCGCGGGCGGCACUGAACGCUCUGAGAGAGGAGCACCGGGAGAAGCUGCGACGGUCUGCCGAGGAGGCUGAGAGACAGAGACAAAUCCAGCUUGCCCAGAAACUGGAGAUCAUGAGGCAGAAGAAACAGGAGUAUCUGGAGAUGCAAAGGCAGCUGGCGAUUCAGCGCCUGCAGGAGCAGGAGAAGGAGAGACAGAUGCGCCUGGAGCAGCAGAAACACACCAUUCAGAUGAGAGCGCAGAUGCCUGCCUUCUCUCUGCCUUACUCACAGAUGCAGUCGCUGCCUCCUAACGUGGCCGGAGGGGUGGUUUAUCCCCCCGCUGGGCCUCCCAGUUAUCCAGGCACGUUCAGUCCUGCUGGUUCAGUGGAGGGGUCGCCCAUGCAUGGAGUCUACAUGAACCAGCCCGGACAGACGGCCGGUGGUGGCCCGUACCAGGCCAUGCCUGCAGAUCCCAACAUGGCUUACAUGUAUCAGCCUGCAGGCACCAGCGGGCAGCCAGUCGCCCCUGGACAAGCCCCUCCCACAACCACCCCUGCCUACACUAACUACCAGCCCACACCCACGCAGGGCUACCAGAACGUGGUGUCCCAAGCUCAGAGUUUGCCCCCUAUGUCCCAGGCUCCCCCCACCAAUGGUAUUGCCUACAUGGGCUACCAGCCAUACAACAUGCAGAAUAUGAUGAGCGCUCUUCCAGGACAAGACCCCAACAUGCCUCCCCAACAGCCCUACAUGCCUGGGCAGCAGCCUAUGUACCAGCAGAUGGCUCCCCCUGGUGGUCCGCAGCAGCAAUCCCAACAGCAGCACCCGCAGGCUCCUCCGGGCAGUGCUGAGGCUCAGCUCAUUUCAUUCGACUGAUCGCUCAUCAUAUGCCUUCACCCGCCAAGUCCAGCACACUACAUCCAACCCUGCCGGUUCUGGGGUCAUUAUCCUCCACCUGCUCUCGCUCCACAAGUGUUGAAGGUGUACAAACACAGUAAAAGCAUCUGGCCGUCUGAGUCCCUCUCCCUUCCCUGUCUCUUUAAACGAAGGAGGAGAGGCUACAGAUGGAGCUGGUGGGGAACAGCUGGAUGAAUCUCACAAAACCCAAUGUCUGGGUCACUUUUUACCCCCAAAACAAAAGAACCCACCCCAUAAAGGAAACCAAGCCCUUUUUAGAUCUUUUUGGGGUAUUGUGACAUUAGUUACAACAAUUAAACUCGUCUUCUCACCCCAUUCUUAUUGUUGUAAUGCACAAAAUUGGUGUAUUAUUUCAACUGUAAAGUAGUUAUACACAAUGGUAAUAUUUGUUAUUCUGCCUUUUAUACUGAUUUCAGUUUUUAAAACGAACUGUAACAUUAAUAAGACUCACUAUUGACAAUUAUGGGAAUUACAUAAACUCAUCUUGACACAUUGGUAAGAAUUUGGGUGGAAAUGUAUUUAAUUGUCAUGAAAAUAAUGCAUAAAAUUCUUAAUGGUCCUAAAUAAAUAAAAAAAUCGCUUAUUUAUUGUUUAUGGAAGCCCAUUUCCACCACAUGAGAUGCUCAUGCUUUGGAAAAA